AGUGUUUCAACAGACUUCGGCUAGGAGGCAGCUCAGCCAACAGGACUCUUUUCCAACUUUUCAGCUUCCGUUGUAUGAAUACCAACAAGUUAGUAGGUAGAAAAAUUCACAGUCUAGAAGUCCUUCCGAAGGCACUAGUUCAGAAAAUGGCCUUUCCUUCAGCGAUUUUCAGGUUCUUCAGCGGUCCUUUGCUCAUCUACCGACUGCAGCUUGGGCAGUUGGGUGUUAUUGCUUCGCGGCUGGAUUUUGAAAGCUGCAACGAGCCAACAUCAAGUAGGAGGAGGACACCUCCUCGAGAAGCGACUUCAUCUCCAGGACCAAGAGAUCAACAUGAAGCAGGAAAAGGUUCAUCUCGUGGGCGAUCACCAUCGUGGAAAAGAUGGCUUCUUUCCUCGACUACAUCCGAAGCUCCUCCUUCCGCGUCUCCCACUCCGGAUGUUGUUAGGAACUCGUCCACUCUCCUUGCUCUUGAUGGUGUUCUCCCAAGAACUCCUACUACGUCUGCCGCGACGGCCAGCACCUCUUCUUCUUCUGUCCUCUCGCCCACUUCUUCUUCUGUCCUCGGAAGGUUAGUCCGCUCGUCCUCGCCGAUCGCUACAAGAGUUUCCAGCAGUAUGCGACUGUUGUCUCCAAGUGUCCUCCGGGGGCGGCUCCGCGUACGCAGUUCCAGUGCCAGGUUGACGCCGCCGCCCGUGCCGGCUGGAGCGACGCUGACGCCAGUUCCUACGACACAUGCCGACGCCGGAACAGCAGGCGACAAUACAAGAACUCGUGCGAGGACCGCAAGUAGUCCAAGCACAACUUCGAGUCGUGGAGAAGUUGGAGGAACCACGACGAGCGCGAGCAGCGAAUUCUCAUCCCUAUUUGAUUCCAAAAACAGCAAGAGGAACAACCAAACGCCUUCCGGGAUCACUCCACAGUCAAAGGUCGCGGCCGCGUUUUUUUCCGACCGCGAAGGUGCAAAUGCAUCACCUUCCCCAUUUGAAAGACGCAGGCGCGGCGACGGAUCGCCUGCACUCGCAUUAUCAUCAGAGGAAAAAUAUGGUGACGCAAAGGUCUCAUCGCAGACUGCAUCUUCUAUUGCUGGAGAUCAUGAACAACAGGACACAUGCAAAGACAAGAAAACCAAAUUUCCCGAAACUCUUGCGUCACUUAGGCCAGUGGUAACGCAAGAAAUGAAACGCAUGUCCUGGUGCCAGCCAGAAACGUCGUCAGCAACUGCCGCAUCAUUUGCUUCGUCGAGCUCUUCUACUUCUUCAUAUCUUUGCUCAACAUCUUCUUCUGCAUCUGGCGUUCGAGCACCGAGAUCAGCAAAGCAAUUGUCUCCAACUCAAACUCCUAUGUCUACUUCAUCUUCAUCAAAAUGCUCGACGUCUACUGCGGCUGCUCCUUUAACAUCUUCUUCUGAAAGUUCCAGGGAACGUCGGCGACUUCUGCUAGAUGAAAUGCAGCGCGAGACACGGAAGUCAGGGCAAGGUGAAGCCAGUUUCCGGACCUUCGCUUGGGAGCUCCAAGCACUGAAACAGUCAGAAAAUGUAUGGAGCCAAAAUCUCUUAUCAUUCUCAAGGUACACGUACACUAACACUUCCUCAAGUAAGAGAGACGAAAGAUUCAAUUUUCUCAACCUCAACAACUUUCUUGAGCAGAAUAAAUUUAGACUGAAGACAUUAAUGAUAACGGAUUUUGGUUUCAGAAAAAACAGCAGGAAUAAACACUACUUCUGACGAGGCCUACUGCGCUUCUCCUGGUCCACGUGAUGCGCGUGCUAUGAGGCCUCUGCAACUUAGCGCACAAGAUGCAAAAAGGUUGGACUCCCUGCGCGCAGGUGACGGCACUGUUGUGGUCAAGAAGUCGAAACCGAUCAUGCUCGCACAGGGACAUCAACAACUCUUGCCGCCGUUGUCGAGUUCGGCACUGCAUGGUCUCGAAAUGCCGGAAACGGUCCUCAGAUCAGUACUCCCUAUGAUUAAAAAAGAUAAGACGCCACGUCCUCGUGGUCGCAGGUCGCGGCCCACGAGCGAUGUUGCAGUCGAAGAACCUGAGAACCACGAUGGAGACGAGCCUGCUCCUGCUACUGCUGCUACCGCCGUCAAUGGAUUCACAAUGGACCAUCACGAGAAAGACGGAGAAAAUGUGAUUGAGACUGAUCAUGUUGAAGCUGACUGUGAGGACCACGUGGACGUUGUCACGCAGCAGUUGGCGCAACUUCCGUUGCUACAGCAAGGGCUGCUCGCCGCUCAGUUGUCCGUUGCCCUGGGAACCGUGGAGAGUAAUGCACCAGCCAGAGCUGCAGGAGACACACAACAAGCAGAAGCACCGGUAGAAGAAGGAGAACUACUGCAAAAGGAGCAGGACAAUAUCAAUAAGGCUAGUACUGCGGGUAAACAUAAUAUGACCUCGUCACGUCGUGGUUUGGUCGUGCUUGGUGAUGGUUUGGACGCUACGAGCCGUGUAGGCCUUGCAGCGCGUCUACUUUCGUCUGUCGUACAAUUAAGGCUACCUCCCGUAAUCAAUCCCUGUAGGGAUCGAUGAUCCCGCAAGAACCGCAACCAUCUAUCCAAAUACUACCAGGGACGAGAGAUGCUUCUGCUGGGGCAGCUAAUUUUUGCGGGAUCUCCACAGGGAAGAUGAGUUUUAUUUUAUAUGAUAGGGAGACUUCAUCUAUUACUAUUUCUAACGCAAACCGAUCGUGGUGACGUAGUCGGUGGAGGAGAUCACUUUUCGCUUGAGACGCCGCACUCGAUUUCGGAAACUGGUCUGCUCUACGCGAAGAUCAGCAAAGGGGCUCUAACGACUAAGACGAGUAAUUUUUCUGCGACAUCAGCUGCACCUGCACCUGCUCCAAAUUUUUUGUCCUAUCAAGAAGCUAGUACUUCUUGUUCUUCUACUACCCCGACAUAUAAAAAUAGUCUUCAGCCUGGUUCUGCUAGUACCACAGCAGAUUGCACAGUAGAUGCAGCUGCCCUUGUAGAACAAGGAGCACGACGAGGACGACCCCAGGCUCUCCGCUUGGAGGCUGAGUCUCAGAAGACCCAACAAGCAGCGCUGCUGGCGAAGCUGCUUCAGGAACAGCUCGAAGCGCUCUCUCUAGAAGACCGCAACUGCUGCGCAAGAAGACAGAUAGCUGCCGAGUCUUACGAUAGCACGUCGUCGUCGCUCUGCCUAUCUCCUCGUUCUACCUGGGGCGGCGACGGCGCAGAAGCAGAGCCUACUAGUCCUUUAUUACAGGAGCGAUUGUCGGGAGCAGCUUCGCAGCAUUCUGAUCCGCGCGGUAGCUCGCGACCUCUUUCCGGUUCCGUUUCUGUCUUCAACUCUGAGGAAAGCAGGAAAGCUGCGACCACGUUGUUCUCCACCAACCACAUCCAACCAAUGUCCGCCUCAUCAGCUGAACCGAUCCAAAACCAGCUGGACCAUCCACCUGGUCCGGUUGUACAAGUUAAGGCCUACCAUAAUUCAUCUGUCGAAGCAUCGAUCUUUGGCCCCUUCUUUUUAAGGGAAAAGUUAGUACGCCAAAGAUGCUUUUCAAGGUGAAUAAAAGUAAGGUCUAAAAACCUUGGUAUUGCGCAGCAAGAACUCGUGGCCUCGUCUCAUGCAGCCUGGACACUCCUACGAAAAGUGGUGCGCGGCGCUCAACUACGACAGCGUCCUCCUCCUGACGUCGCGGCCGCUGCAUCAUCUACAGUAGCAGAAAGAUUAUGGCUUCCACUAGUCGAUCUCGAUCCAUCUCCGGAAGAAGCAUCUUUGGAAUAGGGUCUAAGGAAUAUUAAACAACGUCAACGGAUCUGAACGUUGACACUGACGUUGCUUUUUCCAUCUAAGCAACCAUCUUCAUCUUUGGAACCUUGUUGCAUAACUGAGGGGAAAACGGCUUCACCACAUUCCAAAGCUUGAGUCUCGAGAUGGACUGGGGUCCUGAGCUCUAAAGAGAGAAGAACAGGAAGAGGACUCGUGUCAUGUGGAUGCGCCAGAUGAUGACGAAAAGAAAAAAGAAGCCACUACUUCAAAGUAGUUGUAGCCGCGAAGGAGAGCCCGGUAGGGCCCAGUAGUGGCGGAUAGGAGCCUAAGUAGAAUCCCUCCUGCGGUAGUCCAUGAGUCGACGAGGAGAAAAUUUUUGAUAUUUAUAUAUAAUUUUCUUGAACUCUCUCAUGUAAUUCUAAGUUUGUCGUGAUGAAGAUGGCAAACGGAAAAUAGUGAGGAUCAAAAUGAUCGAGGUGGCCGUGGCGUAGGACUACUUAGAAGACAAUCAAACAAAAAAAAUAUUUUUCCUACUGCUCACACAUACCAUCCAGGCUCGUGCCUUUGUUUUUCUCGCACUCAUGCAGGUUCAUAUCGUUGUCUGCUAACUAAUGUCUACGUUUCUCUAUCUGUCUAACCGGUGUUUACUUAACUGAUUAACAUAGUACGAUCUAAGAGUCCCUGCAACAGUAGGCUGCCUAUUUUUGAUCGAAAUCUAGUCUCUGCAACUUUUUUUUGUGAGAAUUAAUUUUUUUGCCGAAUUGCAAUUUUUGGGUGAAAGUCGUCCCGACGUGAUCAUAUCGGAUAAUAUUUCCAAAACCAAGGUAGUGCGAGUGCAUCACAAGAAGCACUAGGCUGUUGUCUCCGAAGACCUAUUUUCCAUAUAGUCCUCGAAGCCUUUCACUUUGGCAUCUCUGAAGAUGAAGGAAUCCAAAGCCCGCGGCUAUCUCUUCUUCAUCCAAAAACUGCAACAAUAAACUUCUGAGGAAAGGACGUUAUACCCCUAGAAUGGGUACAUGUACAUGAAUCAAUCAAAUCAAGUAAGUAGCUGUGCAGCAGGCUGAACAAUCAUGAAUAAAUAUAGCACUAGACCACGCAAGUAGAUGCGCUUGUUCUCUUCUUGGCGCUUAAUAUCAUCCCACUCCUUGUAGAUUGGAGAUGUAGGGUGUGCGUGUGGCCUUCAGCUGUUCUUCUUGAUUUAAGUUCUCAGUGUUUAUUGACUACUAACUUGUCCUUGGCCAG